AUGAACUACUUAGUGCCCCCCCCUCCCCCUCCGCCUCCCCCAGCACCACCACCUCCCCCUCCCCCCAGCAGUUCCCUGCCACAGUUUUCGGCGGAACCUCCUAAACUCCAGUCCGCAGGAGGAGGCGGCGGAAGAAAUGCCCUGUUGGCUGACAUCCAAAAAGGAGCCAAGCUCAAAAAGGUCACACAGGUCAACGACCGCAGCGCUCCCGCCGUGGACAAGCCUAAAAGCAGCAGUGGAGAUGCUUCCAGCAGCGUCGGAUCUUCUCAGAGCUCUUCAGGGGCAAUGGCGCCCACAGCGCCAUCAUUAGGUGGACUCUUCGCUGGAGGUUUCCCCACACUCAGACCUAUAGGAAAGAGAGAGGCGACAGGCAAGACCACAGUGUCUCGCUCCAGUUCCACCCUCUCCCUAAAGCCACUGUGGAACGCUCCCUCGUCUGCUGACGCUGAGCUCCACAGGACGGCGGAGCUGCGCGGCGCUGCCAACCGUGUUCACGCUCCAUCCUCCUCCGCUCCACCCUCCCCCUCCCAUGGCAGCAAGCACCCACCUGCCUUUCCCGCGGCUCCUCUUCCUCUGCCCCCCCCUGCCCCUCCCUCGGCCCCUCCCCCACCUCCGCCACCACUGGCCUUCCCGGAUCGUCCAGCCAACAGGCCUCCUCCGCUCCCCACCUGCCCUCCCCCUCCGCCUCCACCCCAGGUCACCAAGCCAACCUGGCUUCCCAUCCAGCACGGCCACCACAUCUCCCACCCUCCUACGCCUCCUCCCCCACCUCCACCUCCGCCUGCCUCUUUCCAGCCUCCCUCUGCUGUAGCAGGGGACCGCUCCUCAGGUUGCUUCUACCCUCCGCUGCCCCCUCCACCACACGCCGACACUCCCAGGGUCCCCACCUUGCGGCAAAGCCCUCUGGGACCUCCACCGCCGCCUCCUCCUCCUCUUCCUGCAUCCUUCACACCUACCUGUCCAUCAUCUCUCCCCCCUCCACCACCAAAGCUGGCUCCAGUGCCCUCUCCGGCCAUGCGCUCUCUGCCCCCGUCUUACCCCUGCAAUGCCCCCACCCGACGUCCACCUGCUGUACCCAGAAGUGCAGGUGCAAGUCGACUGGCGCCUCCUCCUGCUCCUCCAGCACGCUCCCCUACAACUGAGUUAUCCACACGCAUUCCUCCUCCUCCACCACCUCCUCCUCCUCCUCCUCCAUUCAAUCUCAGGAACGGAUACCUGCACAGCCUGGCUGAUGAUUUUGAAUCAAAGUUCCAGUUUCACCCCGUGGAAGAUUUGCCACCUCCUGAAGAAUUCAAACCUUUCCCUCGCAUCUACCCCAGCAAAGAGAACAGAGUGAACCCCAAACCCCCAGGGAUCAGGACACACCUCAGAUGAGUCCGGGCCUGUUCUUCCUCCCACACACAGCAAUAAGGCUCAGUGUUCCUCCUCAUGACAGUUACACAAGCAUCAUGGACGUUUGGACUCGGCGUGUGUGUGUGUGUUGAGUGUAUUGGAGAGUACAAUAUGUGUGUAUAUGAUGAGUGUCAAACAGAUCGCACCCUUAUUCUGACUGUGACCACUGACCUUUCUCCACUGUGGAAUGUUUUGAAUGUGUGUGAGAAGGAGGAGGCCUCUGCCCACUUGUGGUCAUAUACUGCACACACACACACACACACUUCCAUGACAGUGUCUUCCAGGAACUAUAAUUAGCUGACUUUUGACACAGUCUGUAACAUCUGUGUAAAUACGCCACCGAACACAUCAUUCGUCCAAACCAUUCGUCUUUCGUUCCUCCAGACACAGAGUGGCUCUCCAGGCGGAUUUUAACCCGUUAUUUUGUACCACAUGUUAUCAUUAACACUUGUUAAAAUGUGUUGCGACUUGCAAGAAUGAAACUGACACAGCAGGUUGAACCUGCGUCUCUCCAGGUUCUAGGUCUUUUUUUUUUUUUACAGUUUUAGGAAUUCUUUGUAGUAAACAGUUUAUGUUAUGUUCAAUCUGUACGUUGAGACAGCAGAGCAGCUGAGUGCUCGCACAAGAGCUCCUCUAACCCCGGAUGUCCUUACGGAAAAUGGUUGUGCUUUGUUUUAUUGUAAAUGAUUGUAACCUAAAACUUUAUAAAAAUAUAAAAAAAAAAACAACAAAAACCAACAAAACCAAAGCAGUUGUGCUUAAAUGUGACUUCAAACAGUAUGGAAAUAAAUGUUUUAUACUACACUUUGGUGUAUUAUUAUUAAUAAAUGAGUGAGGUGUGCAGUUACUUGUGUACUUACGGGAAGACAGUGCCACCUGCUGGUUAGAGAUGUGAAAAAUAAAAAGGUAGAAACUUACCACUAGAGACACUAAUGCACAAACCUAGUAUCAUUUCCUGAAGCAUCUGUUCUGACAAGUUCUCAGGACAGUCAGGAUUCACGUCUGCACAGAGGGAAGAUUAUUAGGUUAGAAUCACAUGCAUCUUAACAAAAUGGGUAAAAAAAGGGCAGAUACUGGUUUUUGACACUGGA